CUAAAUUUAAAAAUAAAUUCUGACCCAGAAAUUAAUCCAGCGACAAAAUUAGUGCUAAUUAACCAAAACGAAAUUACUGCUGUUACAGUAUUAAUUUCUAGUUCUAACGCGGAAUUACGAACCCUACUCUUAUUAAAGAACCCCAGAACCAUAGAAGAAGUAACAUCCCUAGUAAUAAAUCACUGUGCUAGAACAUCAAGUAAAUAUAAGACAUUCUGAUCACACAAUAACAUAAUCACCAAAAUAAUAAAUCGUUUCAAUCUAACUAUUUUUCAAAGCCCCAGCAAAAUAAUUUCCCUAGAACUUCGCAUUACCAAACAAUACAACGCCAACCUAUAUAUUACCCAAACAAUCAUAAUAACCGAAUGUCAAAUAAUGCUCCUAAUAAUUAUUAUAACCCGCAAAAUAUGCAAAGAACCCCAUUUCCAAGUCAACCUAUAAACAUUCAACACCGACCAAUUCAACAAAAAUUCUUAACAAACGAGCAAGUAUUCGGCAAACCAACAAAUGUAUUUGCACCCAAAAAUUCUCACAAACCCACAGGUAAACCGGAACCAAUGUCCACCUCAAGCAGACUACCAUCAACGAGGAAUUUCGCGCAAAAUUAUAGACCCCAAAAUCAUUUUCAAAACCGCUACGCAAACAACGGAAAACUACCUUUCGUGUUCGAAGAGUUAAGGGGGCGUCCAUUAAUUCUGUGGCUUGGUCGAAAAAGGGCCUAUCUAAGAAAAUUAAGUUUUGAGAUAAUCAAGGAUUUAUAUGAAAAAAUAAAAUACUUAUUACUCAAAUAUUUUUGUUUAGAAUUUAAUAAAUUUUUGCUACAGUAUUCAAAAAAGUAAUGUUAUCCAUAAGAUAUAUAUUUUUUUAAUAAUUACAAGAAUUAAUAAAUUUUUGAUUGUUAGGCCCCUGCAUUUUUUAAUUCAUAAACAUAAGCCCUAAUUAUGAUAGUCACAUGUAGCAUUUAGGCCCAAAAAAAUGGUACUUAGGCCUUAUCAUUAACAAGAACAG